ACUUAACAAGGAUUUUGCUACCAUUUAAUAUGAGUUAAUAUUAACAAGAAGACCUAUAAAUUAAAUAAACAACUAUAUUUUUGUUUUCCCCCCAGAAAUGUCAAGAAAGAAAUAAAAAUCCAAAAAAAAAAACCCCACCCUUGCAAAAACCCAGCUGGCUAUAUAACAACAACCAGACGCAAAAAUCAAAAGACACAAAAUAUAACAAAGAUAAGGAAAGGGCUUCAUGUGUCACUCUAUGGGCAUCCAAAUUGAAAAAUCUAGGAAGCGCCCUAAACUCCACACCAUGGGGCAUGAUCAAGAUCAACUGGAGACAAUCACGCAUUAUAGGUGAGUUGACAAAUAACAACCUCUGAGUCGCCUUCAACCAACACUCUAGCAUUCUGAUAGGAAACCACAAUUGAAAUGGCGUCACGAGCAUUAAUUAAGAAGCCCUGCAAGAUACUUGUUUGAAAUUCCAUAGUGAAGUUAACCUUGAGAACACAUGAAGGAGGAGUGCAGCAGACCGUCCGUCGAGGUGUGUGGGGGGGGGGGGGGGUGGACUAAACAAGAGAAGGGGAAGGAUUGAAGAAGAAAAAUACUCGAACUUGAAAAUCAAACUAUAGUUUUCAACGGCCAUAGUUUUCAAAGACCAUACUCGUACCUGAUGUUGAUAGUAUUCAAAGACCAUAGGAAUCCAAGAUUUCUAAAUCCUUCAGAAAGACAAACACUUUGGAGAACUUGGAAUUGCAAGUGGUCAGAUCGCAAGAGAAUAUGCCAAAAAUAUCGAAGGUAGUUGUUUAUGCAAUAAUGUAGAUCAAUAGGUCGAUCAUGUCGGAUAUCUGUUGACAUUUUAGCUGAGAUCACAAGGUUCAUUGUAUUUAGCGAAAUCUUCACAGAAUUGGUGUGAACAAAAUGUUCUUUCCUUUGUAAUGGUGAAGUCUUGUUGCAACAUGAUAAAUAUGACAUUCGAUCGAUCAUUUUGUCCAAGUGAAUGUAUUUUGGAAGUCAAUAUUUGUUAACAUAGGCGGAGCGAGGCUUUAGAAAUCGGGAGAGAGGAGAGCAGUCGAAAUUUUCUUAAUAUAUUACCACAAAAGGCUCAAAAAAUAGUAAGAAAAAAAUUAAAUAUUCUAGUCAUAAACUUCUAAACCCAUAUCCAACAAAAAAUCUCUAUUUUCAUAUAUCAAAUAUUCUCACGUCCUGUGAUAAAGUUGGAUGAGUGAGUCGGUUCAAAAACUCAAUCGGUUAAAAUUUUGGUAUGAGUUUGUUCACCCCUAAAUUGACAUCCAUGUAAGGAAAAAAAUUGGUUCCCAAAAAAUAGACAAAGGAUGAUCAGAAGAGUGCGAUGGAACCACUAAAAAUGUCUGAGAUCCAGUCUUCCUCUUCCAUCGCCUCUUUCUUCGUAAUGGGGUUUCUCCAAUUUGUUUCAUCACCCACCAAGCGAAAUCCCCCCACCAUUCUUAUUCCCCACCCAUUUCCCUUCAAUCUCCUUUCUCAAUUUUGUACGGCUUCCCGCUUCUUUACUUCUCUUCUUUUCCGUAGUUUGAUCUUGGGAAACUCUGAUCAUCAACAAUGUCGUCGACAGAGAAGGAGAGAGAGGCCCAUGUCUAUAUGGCCAAGCUUGCCGAACAGGCCGAGCGAUAUGAAGAAAUGGUGGAUUGCAUGAAGAAGGUGGCAAAAUUGGACUGCGAGCUGACAGUGGAGGAGAGGAACUUGUUGUCGGUGGGGUACAAGAACGUGAUCGGAGCGCGGCGAGCGUCAUGGAGGAUCAUGUCGUCGAUCGAGCAGAAGGAAGAGUCAAAGGGGAAUGAGCAGAAUGUGAAGCUGAUCAAGACUUACCGCCAGAAGGUGGAAGAUGAGUUGGCCCAAAUUUGUCAAGAUAUCCUCAACAUCAUUGACAAGCAUCUCAUCCCUUCAUCUGCCUCUGGCGAAGCCACUGUUUUCUACUACAAAAUGAAAGGCGACUAUUUUCGUUAUCUUGCUGAGUUCAAGACUGAAUCGGAGAAAAAAGAUGCAGCUGAACAAUCACUCAAGGGUUAUGAGGCUGCUUCUGCUACUGCAAGCACAGAGUUGCCUUCAACACACCCAAUUAGGCUCGGACUUGCGCUCAACUUCUCUGUUUUCUACUAUGAAAUCAUGAAUUCUCCUGAAAGGGCUUGCCAUUUGGCCAAGCAAGCUUUUGAUGAAGCAAUUGCAGAGUUGGAUACUUUGAGUGAGGAGUCAUACAAAGACAGUACCCUCAUUAUGCAGCUAUUGAGAGACAACCUCACACUCUGGACUUCUGACUUGCCUGAAGAUGGAGGUGAGGAUAACUUCAAAGGUGAAGAAUCAGGCGCCAAACCUACAGAACCUGGAACAGCAGGGAAAUGAAGGAAACAUGCUAAAGAUUUAAGAACUUGAUUGACAAAGAGACCAAGCUGAUGGGUGAUAUUUAUUAUGAUAUAUAUGUUUGCUGAAGUGUGCUCCCCCAAUUUAUGAUCUCUAUUAUUGAAUUAGCUUUGAUUCUAAACAACACCAAAAUUAGUUAUAGAAGAAGAAUUUAUACAAUUCUGACAUUUUGUUUCUCCUGUCAUUCAUUCAUAUUCUUUCUUCCUUUGUGGAGUCCAGAAAGUGAUUAAAUCCUUAUUGGGCGA